AUGCGGAGGCAGAAGCCCAGUGACUACCUGGCUGAGCUCAAUCAGCAGGGGUCCGGGUCAAGGAACCCAUCAACAGCAGCUCUCAUGGGCACUGUCCAUCAGUGCUCAGCACGGGAGAAGCUGUCAGAGACAGAGGUGUGCUUGGCAGAGCUCCACUCAGACGUGGACAAAGGGGAUGGCAAGGUGAAAUACGUGCUCUCAGGAGAGGGCUCCACCUCCAUCUUCACCAUCGACGAGAACACAGGAGACAUCCACGCCACCAAGCGUCUGGACCGGGAGGAGCAGGCCUAUUACACGCUUCAGGCCCAGGCCGUGGACCGGAUCACCAACAUCCCUGUGGAGCCCAGGUCAGAGUUCCUGGUCAAGGUCCAGGACAUCAAUGACAAUGAGCCCAAGUUCAUGGACGGGCACUACAUGGCCGAGGUACCGGAGAUGUCAGAAUUGGGAACAAUGGUGGUCCAAGUGGCAGCCACCGAUGCAGAUGAUCCCACAUAUGGGAACAGUGCCAGGGUGGUCUACAGCAUCAUCAGCGGACAACCCUACUUCUCAGUGGAACCAAAAACAGGCAUCAUCCGGACAGCGCUGCCCAACAUGGACCGAGAGGUGAAAGACCAAUACGUUUUGGUCAUCCAGGCCAAAGACAUGGUGGGCCAGAUGGGCGGCCUUUCAGGCACCACCUCUGUCACGAUCACUCUCACCGACGUCAACGACAAUCCGCCACACUUCUCUCGCAAGAACUAUCAGUACACUGUGCUGGAGUCCUUGCCUGUGGCAUCCGUGGUGGCCAGGGUCAAGGCUGUGGAUGCAGACAUAGGCCCCAACGCAGAGAUGGAGUAUAGGAUCAUUGAGGACGGACCUGGGUUGUUCAAGAUCACCACAGAUGAGGACACGCAAGAGGGCGUUAUCAUCCUUCAAAAGCCGUUAGACUUUGAGACCAAGAACAGCUUUAAUGUGCGAAUCGAAGCCACCAAUCGGAACAUCGAACCUGCGUUCGUGCACCUGGGUUCGUUCAGCGACACAACGUCGGUCAAGGUGACGGUGAAGGACGUGAACGAGUCGCCUGUGUUCUCAACACAGCUCAGCAGGAUGGUGAUCUCUGAGGACGCCAGAGUUGGCACCUCCAUCGGGAGGGUCUCCGCGCACGAUCCGGACACCUCCAACAGUGCCAUCAGGUACUCCAUAGAUAGAAACACAGACCUGGAGCGUAUCUUCAAUGUGGAUGCUCUGAGUGGGGUCAUCAGUAUUGCCAAGCCCCUGGACCGAGAGGUCAACUCUGUCCACAACCUUACCAUACUCGCCAUGGAGAGCCAGGAUCCAACAAAGAUUGGAAAAGGUUUUGUGGCCAUCACAGUGCUGGACAUCAAUGACAACGCUCCGGUGUUUGCCAUCGCGUAUGAGACCCUCCUAUGUGAGAAUGCAGCUCCUGGACAGGUCAUCCAGACCAUCAGCGCAGUGGACAAGGAUGAAUCUCCCAGUGGUCAUCUCUUCUACUUUGCCCUACCUGCGUCUGUGGUUAGCAACAGCAACUUCACUCUCCGAGACAACAAAGACAACACGGCGUCAAUCGUAACGAAACGUGGAGGGUUUCGUAGACAGGAGCAGAUGCUGUAUCGACUGCCCGUGUUGAUUGUCGACAAUGGAAGCCCUGCCCUCAGUAGCACCAACACCUUAUCAGUGAACGUGUGUGACUGUGACUCGGACGGUGUGGCCCAAUCGUGUGGAGCCAUGCCCUACACACUUCCUGCUGGCCUCAGUACAGGGGCCCUGGUCGCAAUUCUGGGAUGCAUCAUUACACUGCUGGUGAUGGUGCUGAUGAUCAUGUCGAUGCGUCAGAGGAAGAAGGAGCCAUUGAUUCUGGAGGAGGAGAGGGACGUGAGGGAGAACACUGUCCUCUACGACGAUGAAGGUGGAGGAGAGGAAGACACGGAGGCCUUUGACAUGGUAGCCCUCCGCAACCUCAACGUCAUCAGAGACCCCAAGGUCCGGCGAGACGUCAUCCCUGACACCCACACCUUCUUCCCCUACCCAACGUCCUCCUCCUCGCAGCCUGUCCACAAUACCCUGCCAGACAAUGUGGUGUUCCAAAAGUUCAUCUGGGACCACCUGAAAGAUGCAGAUGUUGAGCCUUCAGCUCCGCCAUAUGACUCUUUGCAGACGUACACCUUUGAGGGGAGUGGCUCGGUAGCUGAAUCCUUAAGUUCCUUGGAGUCGCUAAGUACAGACUCAGAGCAGAACUACGACUAUCUCAGCACCUGGGGGCCACGUUUCAAGAAGCUAGCCGACCUGUAUGGCAACAGCGACGGUAAUAGCAAUGGCAACAGCAUGUUGUCAUAGCCAAAACUUUCCUGAACUUAGACAACAAAUAUGUUAUGAUAGUCUGGGGUGAGAGUCUGUGAAAACAAAGUGAGAUAGGAAAAAUACAAGUGACUUCAAAGGUUGAGUUUGUUUAUGUGCGUUGGAUUUUGGAUUUUCAAAUGGGGUGACUUGGCAAGUUUUGACAAGUCAUUUCAAAAGUGAGUUGACUGAAGAGCAAAAAUAUUAAAAGGUUUCAUAGUUGGGCUGAGGUCCAGCGUACAUGAUAGGCUACAGUAUAUUUAUGUGGAGAAACCUGUUCUCUCAAUCCUGACAUGGGCACAGACCCAGCAGUCUUGCAUUGAUGCAUUCUCUUGCUCUUUUCGUUUAACAGAACAAAAAAAACAGUCCCGGCUGGCUAAUCGGUAGAGUAGUCACUCAACUAUUAAUUUGAAAGUCAUGAAGAGUGUCAAUAUUUUGUUUUUGUUCUGUGUUUUUCACAGAGACUAUGAAGAAAAUUAAGUCAGACUCACAGAGAAAAAACAAUCAUCAAAUCAAAUUUUAUUGGUCACAUACACAUAUUUAACAGAUGCGGGUGUAGAGAAAUGCUUGUGU